AUGUUAGAAUUCAAUUUAAAUGGAUUCAGUGGGUACGGUGUACAAUAUUCUCCCUUCUUUGACUCAAAAAUUGCAGUGGUUUCAGGUGCAAAUUAUGGUCUAUCAGGUCAAGGGAAACUGUCUAUUCUUAAUUUAACAGGAAAUAGACAGAUGCAAGAAAGUGCAUCAGUGAUUACUAAUGAUUGUUUAUUUGAUUUAGCUUGGAGUGAAAUUAAUCCCACUCAGGUAUUGGUUGCACAGGGUGAUGGUACUCUUACUUUAUUCGACCUUACAAAUAAACUUCAACAAAUUCAGAUAUAUAAGGAACAUUAUAGUGAAGUAUUUUCCUGUAAUUGGAAUAUGUUGACUAGAAGAACCUUUAUAUCAGGAUCAUGGGAUGGGAAAGUGAAAAUAUGGGAUUGUGCAAGAAGUGAAAGUGUUCUUACCUUGCGUAAUAACCGAUCUUUAGGUCAUACUGGCGAACAUAUCGAAACAAAAGCUUUACAAAGAAAUUCAAAGAAUAAAGAUUGCAUAUACCAAGCCUUAUUUUCCCCACAUGAUCCUAAUAUGGCCAUGUGUUGUUCAGGAAAUUCUUAUUUAACAUUUUUUGAUCUUCGACAGCCUAAUCAACAGAAUAGUAUUCUUGCUCAUUCAGGUCUUGAGACAUUAUCCUGUGAUUAUAAUAAAUAUAGAAGUUACAUAGUGGCUUCCGCCGGCGUCGACAAGGCUAUAAGGAUAUGGGACCUUCGAAUGAUUAAAAACAAGCCACAUAAUAUGUUUGCAGAUAUUAGUUCUUAUAAUUGUACUAAUGAAGUCGUAAACGCUCAUGAGUUAGCAAUUAGAAAGAUAUUAUGGUCACCACAUCAUUCCAAUUAUUUUUUAACAACUUCAUACGAUCUUACGUGCCGCGUAUGGCAAGAUCUUAGUCAUGAUGGUACUAGACAAGUUUGGAAAACAAAUAGUACGGAACCAGGGAAAGGAUGCCGUUAUAAAUUUAAUAAACAUACUGAAUUUGUUCUUGGUGCUGAUUGGAGUCUUUGGGGCCAACCUGGGUUUGUAGCUUCGACAGCUUGGGAUGGGAAAGUUUUCAUUUGGAAUGCCUUUGAGUAG